CAAUCACGGCGGGUCAAAGUUGUGCUGCGGAAGAGGGAUGCCGAGGAGAUGGCCGAGCACAGAUAGCGUCGUGUUGGUGACCAACUUCACCAUGGAGCUGCUCCGGAGGAGAGACGCAGGCUGCGGGGGGCGGCUGCUGCUCUUCGCGGUUGUUUUCGGCUGGUGUGUCGGGUCUGUGCGAUGUUUCGGUAACAACCAGGACAGCGAGUUCACGUUCCUGGUGCCCGCCGGGAGAUCCGAGUGCUUCUUCCAGACAGCGGCGAAGAACGGCACGAUGGAGGUCGAAUAUCAGGUGAUAGCAGGUGCUGGUAUGGAUGUUGACUUCACCAUCCAUUCUCCAGAGGGCGUCCUGCUCAUCAUGGAAUCCCGACGCUCUGACGGAGUCCACGUGGUGGAGCCCACGGAGGCGGGGGACUAUCAGAUCUGCUUUGACAACAGCUUCAGCCACUUCUCGGAGAAGAUGGUGUUCUUCGAGAUCAUCAUCGAGGGUCAGGGAGGAGAUGUGGGUGGAGAUGAUGAGUGGGCGGGCUUAGAGGAGCCUGACGGAAGCCUGCUGGAGUACAAGCUCGAUGACAUCCGGGAGUCCAUGGACUCUCUGCACAGACGCCUGGAGCGCAGCCGUCAGAUGCAGACAGUGCUGAAGGCCUUCGAGGCGCGCGACCGAAACCUGCUAGAAGAUAACCUUUGGAGGGUCUCCUUCUGGUCCUGUGCCAGCAUGAUGGUGAUGCUGUGUGUAGCCUUCACUCAGGUCUACACUGUCCGUAAACUGUUUGAUGAUAAGCGGAGAGUCUGCACAUAAAGGAAACGUCGCGCUGCACUACACGACGGGCUGGGAAGGAAAACAAGAUGUUCACCUGUUUACCCAUUCAGAUUGUGCGCCAUCACUUUUCAUUUUGUCUACAUGAAUACCACAAUUCAAAUUAAACAGUAGAGGCUUAUUUCUCAAUCAGGGAAGAAUAAUUGAAUUCCAUUGCUGUAGCUCAUGACGGGUAGCCAGAAGAGAACGAGGAAGUUGGUAAUUUUUUUUCAUUUAGUGCCUUUAAUGUCAAAUUUGACCACAGACCAGUGAGAAAAUCCUUUUUGAAAGACGCAGCCUUCAUAGACCAAAUACCAAAGGUUAUGUUGUUGCUGUCCAACAUAUUGAAACUGGUUGAAGCAAAUCUAGAGGACUCGCAAAUUGAUAGUUUCCAAUCGAUAGCAAUGUGCAAUAGAGUUGUUGGUGUCUUCCUGAGAGUGAGAUCCUGCCGUUAUACUUGUGUACUGUCCAUUGACCUAAAUGUAUCCUUGGUUACAGCCUCAUGUUAGCUUUCUUUUUCUUUGAGAAGUUACUGAUUUGUUUUUUUGUUCCAGUCCAAGAUCAUAUGGGCAAAUAAUAAUGUAGAGUAAGAAACAGUUUUUCCUAUAACAUGUAUGUUUCAGUCCUCCUGCAGACACACACACACACACACACACACACACAGACAUAGACAUAGACAUACACACACACACACACAUACACACACAGUGCGUCUGUUCAGAGAAGCAUCAAUGCAAUUCAGUGUGAACAAAUGUGUAUUUCUGAAGGAUAACAUUUGCUUUACCUUUGAUGUGUUUUACUGUGUCAACAGAAUCUGACAUUUUGUUUGUACUCAGACGGCCAUAAAGUGAUUUGUUUUCUAUUUACCAUGAGCAGAGUGUCAGAUAAUUAAGAUAAUCAGGUUUUCAUGGGUGUCAUUUAUAUUAAUAAAUACAUUUUUUACACAGUUUA